CUCUCUGCAGUAUGAGGGUUUAAGGUUGAAUCCUGUUCUACCAUAAACCUCCUUGGGUUUCCCGGAAUUCAUCUCUGUUUUUUCCUUCAUAAAGGCAGAAACUUUCGAUUUUCCUUCAGUUCCAGAAUGGAAGAACCCUCGUCGGCUGAGGGAGGUGGUAUCACCAUCAUCGCUAAAUCCCGCAAAAACCCUAGAGCCCAGCAACAAAUUCUGCCCCGGAAACGCGAUCCCGACCAGGAUGUCCCCGAAUUCGAGAAAUUCACGAACCCUAACCCUGGCUCCGACGCCGCCGCCUCCUCGGCCUCGACGUUUGAAGGCCUCGGCUUGGCCGAGUGGGCCGUGCAAACGUGCAAGGAGCUCGGCAUGCGCAAACCCACUCAGGUUCAGACUAACUGCAUCCCUAAGAUCCUCGCAGGCCGGGACGUGCUCGGUCUCGCUCAGACCGGAAGCGGAAAAACGGCGGCUUUUGCUCUGCCGAUCCUCCACCGCCUCGCCGAGGAUCCGUAUGGUGUUUUCGCUCUCGUGGUGACGCCGACCAGAGAACUCGCGUUCCAGCUAGCGGAGCAGUUUAAGGCGUUGGGAUCGUGCCUGAACCUACGCUGCUCUGCGGUUGUCGGAGGUAUGGAUAUGCUGACGCAAACGAGGAGCUUGGUGACUCGACCUCAUGUAGUCAUCACCACUCCCGGCAGGAUUAGGGUUUUGCUGGAACAAAAUCCAGAUAUUCCUCCUAUUUUCUCCAGAACCAAGUUUCUAGUUUUGGACGAGGCAGACAGAGUUCUAGAUGUUGGUUUCGAAGUGGAAUUGCGAGCAAUCUUCCAGUGUUUGCCUAAAACUAGACAGACGUUGUUGUUUUCUGCAACAAUGACGAGUAAUUUGCAGACAUUGCUGGAACUCUCUGCAAACAAGGCUUAUUUCUAUGAAGCCUAUGAAGGUCUCAGGACAGUCGACACUCUGAAGCAACAGUACAUUUUCAUAGACAAAGAUGCAAAGGAAUUGUAUCUUGUGCACAUUUUGUCCAAAAUGGAAGAGAUGGGUAUUCGCUCUGCCAUGAUAUUUGUCUCAACAUGCAGGACAUGUGGACGACUAAGUCUCAUGUUGGAAGAGCUUGAAGUAGAAAAUGCUGCUUUGCAUUCUUUGAAUUCUCAGUCUAAACGGCUCUCUGCCCUUAGCAAAUUUAAGUCUGGAAAAGUUUCGAUACUGCUUGCUACAGAUGUUGCCAGUCGCGGGUUGGACAUCCCUACUGUUGAUCUUGUCAUCAAUUAUGAUAUCCCGAGAUAUCCGAGAGAUUAUGUUCAUCGUGUUGGACGUACGGCUAGAGCUGGGAGAGGAGGUCUGGCUGUUAGCAUUAUCACCGAGACUGAUGUGGAUCUUAUCCAUGAAAUAGAAGCUGAGCUUGGAAAGCAACUAGAACUGUACAAUUAUAAAGAAAUCACUGACAGUUCAGAAGUCACAAGGGUGUCGAAAGCAAAACGGGUGGCAAUGAUGAAGAUGUUGGAUGAAGGAUUUGAAGAGAAGGUGAAGGACCGGAGGAAACAGAAACGAAAGACUCUUGCAGAGAAAGGUUUGCUGAAGAAACGGAGCAAAAAGCGAAAAACUGCAGAAAAACCAGAGUGAAUGAGAGCAUCCUUUGUGAAAAUCUAUCACUGAGCUGCAUUUUGAUUAGCAGCUCCCUCUUUCUGCCUCCUCAGCUUUUGAUUUAUUUGCUCAAAAUGUUCAACAAAGCUUCAAAGCUCACACUGGCCAGAGAAUCAACGAUGAACUGAAUGCAUUACCCUUUUUGACA